AUGGAUCACGCGCACAUGGACCAUUCCAAGAUGGACCACUCCGCCAUGGACCACGGCAGCAUGGAAGGACACGGCGGAAUGGGCGGUGGCAUGGGCGACCGGUGCAGCAUGAACAUGCUCUUCACCUGGGAAACCAAGAACCUCUGCAUCGUCUUCCGCCAGUGGCACGUCCGCUCCACCAGCGGGCUCGUCAUCUCCCUCCUCCUCGUCGUUGCCCUCGCCGCCGGUUACGAGGCCCUCCGCGCCGCCUCGCGCCGCUACGAAAACUCCGUGACCAAGCGCGUCGAGUCCCUUCCGAGACGAGAACAGGUAGAGGCCAGCAGGAGCGCCCAUCUCGUCAAGGCCGCCCUCUACGCCGCCCAAAACUUCUACGCCUUUAUGCUCAUGCUCGUCUUCAUGACGUACAACGGCUGGGUCAUGGUCGCCGUCGCCCUCGGCGCGUUCGUGGGCUAUGUCGCGUUUGGGAGCUCGACCUCGUCAACCAAGGAUAACGCCUGCCAUUGA